AUGGCUUCCUACAGAGUGAUGUGUGUGACGGCUGUGCUGACUCUGCUGAUUCCAGAGUCUGCGUCGCAGCUGUCUGUGUGUGGCAGAGCACCUCGAAACAGCAGGGUCGUUGGAGGAGCGGUGGCCCCUGAAGGCAGCUGGCCCUGGCAGGUCAGUCUGCACCGGUCUGGGGGCCACUUCUGUGGAGGAUCCCUCAUUAAUAAUCAGUGGGUGCUGAGCGCCGCCCACUGCUUCCAGACGAUCACAGCAGGCCAGGUGACGGUGUACCUGGGCCGUCAGACUCAAGCGGGACCGAACCCCAACGAGGAGUCUCGGAGCGUCUCACAGAUCAUCAGUCAUCCUGAUUACGACUCUGGAAGCAGCGACAACGACGUGGCCCUGCUCCGGCUCUCCUCAGAGACGCCCUUCACCGACUACAUUGUGCCCGUCUGCCUAGCAGCCCCAGGCAGCUCCGUCCACAGCGGGGUCAGCACCUGGGUCACCGGCUGGGGUGCAUUAACAGAGGGAGGCUUUUCUCCUGAUGACCUGAUGGAGGUGGAGGUGCCGGUUGUGGGGAACAGACAGUGUAACUGUGACUAUGGAGUGGGUCAAAUCACAGACAACAUGCUGUGUGCCGGGUUCAGAGAAGGAGGAAAGGACUCCUGUCAGGGGGAUUCAGGAGGUCCACUGGUGACCAAACAGGGUGACGUUUGGAUUCAGCUGGCGAUUGUUAGUUUUGGAUUUGGUUGUGCCAGACCUGAAUUUCCUGGGGUGUACGCCCGAGUGUCCCGCUACAUGAGCUGGAUCAACAGCCAAAUCAUCACCAAUCAGCCAGGCUACGUCACCUUCACGUCCACGGGGACCGACAGCGACCUGAGUGUCACCUGUACAGGCCUCCCAGAUUCUGGAACUCCCCCCACCAAUCCAACAACUGAAACCACCAGUCAUACAACUACUGACACUCCUGGAACCAACACCACCCCUUCAGCCACCACAGCCAAACUGUGUGGCAGAGCACCUCGAAACAGCAGGAUCGUUGGAGGAGCGGUGGCCCUUGAAGGCAGCUGGCCCUGGCAGGUCAGUCUGCACCGGUCUGGGGGCCACUUCUGUGGAGGAUCCCUCAUUAAUAAUCAGUGGGUGCUGAGCGCCGCCCACUGCUUCCAGACGAUCACAGCAGGCCAGGUGACGGUGUACCUGGGCCGUCAGACUCAAGCGGGACCGAACCCCAACGAGGAGUCUCGGAGCGUCUCACAGAUCAUCAGCCAUCCUGAUUACGACUCUGGAAGCAACGACAACGACGUGGCCCUGCUCCGGCUCUCCUCAGAGACGCCCUUCACCGACUACAUUGUGCCCGUCUGCCUGGCAGCCCCAGACAGCUCCGUCCACAGCGGGGUCAGCAGCUGGGUCACCGGCUGGGGUGCAUUAACAGAGGGAGGUUUUUCUCCUGAUGACCUGAUGGAGGUGGAGGUGCCGACUGUGGGGAACAGACAGUGUAACUGUGACUAUGGAGUGGGUCAAAUCACAGACAACAUGCUGUGUGCCGGGUUCAGAGAAGGAGGAAAGGACUCCUGUCAGGGGGAUUCAGGAGGUCCACUGGUGACCAAACGGGGUGACGUUUGGAUUCAGCUGGCAGUUGUGAGUUUCGGAUUUGGUUGUGCCAGACCUGAAUUUCCUGGGGUGUACGCCCGAGUGUCCCGCUACAUGAGUUGGAUCAACAGCCAAAUCGUCAGCGACCAGCCAGGAUACGUCACCUUCACGUCCACGGGGACCGACAGCGACCUGAGUGUCACCUGUACAGGCCUCCCAGAUCCAGGAACCAGCACCACCAGCCCUCCAGCCACCACACCCAAACCGGUGGUGUGCGGUCAGGCCCCGUUGAACUCCCGUAUUUUGGAGGGGAGCUCGGUGGCCUCAGCUGGCAUUUGGCCGUGGAUGGCGAGCCUGCAGAGGAACGGGUCACAUGUGUGCGGUGGGACUCUGGUGUCCGAGGACACUGUGAUGAGCGACGCCAGCUGCUUCUCAAGCUCUUCGGUGGCGUCCGAGUGGACCGUGGUGUUGGGUCGACUGCAGCAGAGCGGCUCCAACCCCUUCGAGGUGACGCUGAACGUGACAAACAUCACUCUGAGCAGCCUGAGUGGCUCCAACGUGGCGCUGCUGAGUCUGUCCAGCCGGCCCACCCUGUCUGACUACAUCCAGCCCAUCUGCCUGGACGACGGACGCACCUUCACCGUGGGAACCACCUGCUGGGCCGCCGGCUGGAGCUCAGGACGAGGAGGAGAUCAACAAGUUCUCCAGGAGAUCCAGACCUCAGUGGCCAGCUGUGGGGAAACAUCUACCUCUGACAACAUCUGUACCUCCAGCUUCACUCUGGAGCAGGACGACUCAUGGCUUCAAGCCGCCGUGUUAACCACUGACAACAACUCGACCAGCCGAGCCCGAGCCGACACAAUGAUGGUCUUCAGCAAAGUGAGCCGCUUCCAGAACUUUCUGAGAGAGAACCUGGGCCUGCUCUUAUCUCCGGCCUCCACAAACAGCAGCACCGACAACAACAGCACCUCUGUGAACACCACAGCAAUCCCAUCUCAGACCACCGCCAGCAGGGGCGCCUCCAAUACCUCCACCUCCUUCAUCGUCUUCCUGCACCUCCUGGUCCUCGCCACCAGUCUUCAGUUCUUCUCAUAG